GGGGGGGGGGGGGAGGAAAGGAGAAAGAAUGAAAGACAAAAGAAAAAAGAAGGACCGCACUUGGGCGGAGGCGGCCCGCUUGGUACUGGAAAAACAUCCCAACGCACCAAUGACACCAAAACAGAUAUUGCAAGUCAUUCAGAAAGAAGGCUUGAAAGAAAUGAGAAGCGGAACAUCUCCUCUGGCCUGCCUUAAUGCUAUGCUCCAUACAAAUGCUCGUGUGGAAGAUGGAGCCUUCUGUCGAAUCCCAGGAAAGAUGGGUCUUUAUGCUCUUAAAAAAGAUGAAUUGGUAAUGUCAGCAGACGGGGUCAUUGACUUGGACGGUGAAUCAGAUUUAGACAGCUGUGAAAUGGCUGAAACAAACAAUAGUAAUGGAGAGGAAAAUGGAGUUUGCCCAAAACAGAUGCCUGACGGGAUGUCCUCUCCACAUUCUACCAGCUCUUCAACCUCAAUUGCACAAAACAAGCUGCUCUCUUCUACUCAGCAACAUACCAAAAAAGCUCUGAAACAGGCAUUGAAGCAGCAACAGAAACGGAGGAUUGGUGUUUCCAUGAUGAUGAACAAGGCUAUUCCCUGCGUAGUACUGACCCCACUAAAGGUAGCAGAUGAGCACCCAGAAUCACCGACAGGAUCUGAAUCAAACAAUGCCGGUGAAGUGAAUGGUUCUGAUAAGGAAUUAAGAGAAGAGCUGAGAUCAACACCAGGCCUAACUAAAGCAACGGAUCAGCAGCUGAAGAGGCUGAAACGAUCAAGUUCAGGACAGCUGAAACGGACAAGGGGGGAGGAAAUUGAUGUUGAAACCCCAGGUUCCAUCCUGGUGAACACUAACCUGCGAGCUUUAAUAAACAAGCACACGUUUGCCUCUCUGCCAAUUCACUUCCAACAGCAACUUCUGCUUCUACUCCCAGAAGUAGACAGACAGAUGGGAUGUGACGGGGUUAUGCGCCUCAGUGCCUCAGCCCUGAAUAAUGAGUUCUUUGCUUAUGCAGCGCAAGGUUGGAAGGAGCGGUUAGCAGAAGGUGAAUUUACUCCUGAAAUGCAGAUACGCAUCCGACAAGAGAUUGAAAAAGAGAAGAAAAUUGAACAGUGGAAGGAAAAAUUCUUUGAACAGUAUUAUGGAGAAAAGUCGGGUAUAACACAAGAGGAAGCUGUGAACCUGGCAUCAAUGAAUGAUUAUGUUGGGAAUGGAGACAGCGGUUCAUUUCCAGAGCAGCGGAUCCUAGCAGGGCCUUCGCAGGCACAAAAUGAUAGCAAGCACGAUAGCAAAGCAAAGCCAGUGCCUUAUAAAGACCUAAAGCAAACGCAAUGCACUAUGCAGCAAACUCCAGCCAAAGACCCCCCCGAAACUGUGAAAGCGGAGGAUAUUUUGAUAUCGCUGUGCUCUGACAUUAGCUCAGAUGAAUCUGCUAUUCAGGAAGAGAUAGCAGAAGAGAUUGAACCGAAUGUUUGCGAGAAUCACAAUGAUAACAAAAGUCCAGAAGCCAACAAGACUGACACUGAUCAUGAUUGCCCAGUCCAACCUGAAGAGGUGGAGCACGAGAUGCCUACAGAUAGCUCAAAGCCUAUUCUCAAUACACAAAGUGUCCCGAAGCCUGAACCCCAAUCUAAGCACGCUGUAGAGCCACAGGCAGCCGCUUCAGAAAUAUCUAGCACUUCUUACCAUCUGCACACUCCUGCUUCCAAAGCCUCUGAGGUUUCCAAUUCUGUUGACCUUCCUCAGAAUGACGAACGUGACCUAGAACAUGGCACAGAAAAUGAGCAACGUACCCCAGAACAGUGCAGUCUCCCCAUGUGCUCAGAGACUGCACCUUAUGGGGCAGAGACAGUCAGCAACAGCCAUGAAUCUUCAGAGGGUAAAACAGAGAACACAUCUCAGCAAUCACAUGCUUCCACUUGCUCUGAAACAACCAAGGUUUCUGAAAAGGAGAACAAAGACUUUGAAAACCAACCAAGGGUCUUUCAGCAGCCCCCUGAGCAGCCCCCACAGCUCUGUACAUCCUCUGUCUCUUCUCCACCACCUUCUGAAGCUAGAAACGACAGCAAAGACCUGGAGCUACAAAAGAGAAAACCCCUGGAAGCGCGUGUGCCCGAGAUCUGUCAGGAGAAACGGCCUCGAAUUGAAAAUGACCAGUCCUUUCGGACAGCGCCGUGCAGGUCCCAGGUGGAACCAGAGACGUCUGCAAAAGCACAGCCAAAAGUCCCACCUAUCAAGAUUCAACUGUCAAGGAUCAAGCUACCUUUUGUUAUCAAGAGUCAGCCGUCCUACUACGUAUGUCCCAGGGCAUCCUCCAAUGCUGCAAUGGGUGGAGGAAGGAACACGGGUGCACGGACCCUUGCAGACAUCAAGGCCAGAGCGCAGCAGGCGAGAGCUCAGCGAGAGGCAGCAGCUGCGGCCAGCGCGGGUACGGGAGCAGCGGGGAGCUGUGCUGAUGGAGGGACCAGCAAUACAGGAGCAAAUGGAGGACAGACCAGAACAUUGGCGGAUAUCAAAGCACAAACAAAGGCUAAGUUAUUUGCAAAACAUCAGGCAAGAGCACAAUUACAGCAAGUUGAUGUGCAUGCCUAUGUCAGGCAAGCCAUGAGUACAGUAGGAGAGGUGCAGGAUGCCAGCGUUUCUAAGAACGAAGGGCUUGUUAAAGAGGAUCAUGCCCCUUUAACCAUCCUAACAUGCGCUUUGGAGAACACCAAUGUACCAAGUAUUGCUGAUAGUGUCACUGUGUCACAUUAUAUUGACAGUAUCGCAGAAAACAAUGCAGCACCAUGCUCAACUAACAGUAAUGUAACACCAAGCUCUCCUGACAGUGUUGCAACUCAGAGCUCUACUGGCAGUGUUGCAGCAACAAGCUUAACUGGGAAUAUUGCAGCACCAACUUCUGCUGGCAACAUUGUAAUCCCAAGCUUUGCUGGCAAUGAUGUAGUGCCAACUUCUGCUGGGUGUGUCUCCGCACCAAACUCCUCUAGCAGUGUUCUCGCACAAGCCUCUGUAGGCAGCAAUGCAGUCCCAUGUUCUGUUGACAGUAUCACACUGCAAAGUACUGAUUAUGUUAAGGCAGUGAGUUGUGUUGAUCAUAUCUCACCUUCCAGUGACAAUGCUAAUACAAACCUGUCAGCAGACUUUGCUGGCAAUAUUGCACUGCCUGGUUCUGUCAGUCCUGUUACAACCAGCUCUCAUGGUAAUAUUAAUAUAUCAGCCUCUUCUGGUGCUAUUGCUGUACCAAACUCCACUGUGAAGCAGCAGUCUCCUCACAAUAUCACUGUACAGAGUUACACUGAUGGUACUGCCAUGGCAAGCUGUGCAGGCAGUGCUGCUGUGCCAGCCAGUACUGAUACUGUUGCCAGGCCAAGUUGUGUUGCCAAUAUUGCCAUACCAAGCUGUGCUAAUGACAGUAGCUUGCCACAUUGUGCUGACAGUAUUGUGCCAAGUUGUAUUACCAUGACAAGAACUAAUAGUGCUCCAACCUCUGCGGACAAUACAGUCAUAGCAGGUGCUGCAAACAGUGUUUCUGUGGCACGUGCUGCAUAUAAUGUAUACCUGCAAUAUCCACCUGAAAGUACUCACCCACCGGGAUAUUCCAGCAGCUCUUCUGGUAACACCUCUAUUCCAAGCCCUGGCGACAACACAAAUGUCCAGAGCCGCAAUGAAAUUGACAGCUGUGAUAAUGAUAGCUGUAUCGCAGUGCCGCUGGAUUUGGGGUCUCCUGCAGUAACAAGCAAGAUGGAAGCUGGUGUGAGUCCUCAGCUGUUGAGCGCUCCACAGCCUUCCAUCAAUGCUAAAGAAACCAGUAACCCUGGAGAGGAUUAUACUGUGCCCAGGUCAACCACAGCUGCAGGAACUUACUCUCCAGCAGAUUUGAGUUUGAACUCCCAGCCUGAAGCAUUUAAAAUCGAAAACACCCUGAACAACAAUGAAACACAGUCUCAGGAAUUAAACAAUAAGUGGGUUGAGCCAAACAUUGGUAAUCAAUUGGAAGAGAUUGACAGAAAUAGUGGUUCUAAGGUGCUAACAAAACAAGAUGAUAACAGCCUCCGAACAGCUUCUCUGGGUUCAGAAGGUGCCACCCGUUUAGAAGAAACAACAUAUGGUGCUAGGAUAUGGUCUGACCUAACUGAACCACACUGCGCUGUGGCUAAAACUCCAACAAACAUAGGAGCAAUGGUCAUCUCCAACCACAGUAAAUCGUGUUACCAUGUGGGUGAAGAAAUGCUACGACUCAGCGACCUCAUCGGCUACAAUAGACAGAAGCAGGGACUGAAUAGCCAUAAAGAGAAUGAGGGUGACACAUUGAGGAGUGGAAGGUUAGGCCUGCACAUCAAUCCUGCGGAUUCCACGCACAUCAACAAACAACCUUCGGAGUCUGUUCUGAAGCUUUUACCAGAGGCAAGCAGUGACCAGACUGGACAACAGUCUAAAGGUUUAUCGAACAUAGGUGACUCUGAGGCUAAAGUGGCAGAGGUUAAGGAAGAGAGUGACAAAGGAGAGAACUCCUUUCACCCUCAAAUCAGUGCAGUCGCAGACAGCUCACAAACAAAGAACUCCAAAGCAUCUUUUGCCACGAGCCAGUCUAAGACCUUCAUGUCAGCGGCUGUGGAGAUCCAAGACCGAGUUCCUGCUCCUGCAAGCUCUAAUCGUCACCUUUCAUCAGUGGAAGCCAAUAAUCCUCUUGUGACACAGUUGCUGCAGGGCAACUUGCCUCUAGAGAAAGUACUGCCGCAGCUUCGGUCAGGUGCCAGGCUUGAAAUUAAUAGGUUUCCUUUGCCCUCACGAAUUUCCGCUGAAUCUAAAGUGACUACAGCUGAGAGAGAUGUCCCUGGCAACGUUUCUUACUCACUCUCACAAACCCCUAAGGGCCAUGCUUGGGGAACAGCAGGGCAGAUUCAAGGCAAAGCUCGUGAUAUGCAAGGAAGCAAGAGGCAGGCCAAGUUAAUAGGGGAACAGUCUCAGAGUAGAUAUGAGCAAGCAAAGCAGUAUACUGCAGCAGGGGUUAAAAUGUGGGCACAGCCUCCCCUCAAUACAGAUGAGGAUCAGUCAGGGGAGCGGCAGACAUUAUUUAAACAGGAAUGGAUCAGCAAGCCUUUCAUUCAGCACAAAAUUGCUCCAGGCCUACAGUUUAAAGAGCAGAAGAGACCAUUGCUGGCUUGCGGUUUCGAGCGGACUUUGUUGAACAGCAAUGACAAGGGUAACAUCUCCACUGCUGCGGCUCCUGUCUCACAGAGGCAGCACACUCACCCAGUGUCUGUUACACUGAGAGGAUUGGCUGAAACAGAAGGAGCACUGCAAACUACCCCACAAGCCACAUUGGGCUAUGGCACUCCAAAUACAUUAGCAUUCAACCCACGCCUGGAGGGGAACAGCCCGGCGCUUAACUCUGCAGCACAGGUCGAUACUUCAGUGGACGCAGAUCAGGAGAGCGCGGAGACUGUUUUUUCUAACAGUCUUGAAAUUAAGCAAACUGAUGGCAGCUGCAGAGCGGCACAGCCCGCCCAGACUAGGUCUGCAAAAUAUCCUGCUGCACUAAGUGAGAGAGAAGGGCCAUCUGAUCAAAAGCAAGGAGCAGUUACCGUGGAAACCAAUAAAAGAAUUAGUUUGCUUCCUGCAACUGACCGCUGUAGUGGCAUUAAAAUGGAACGUUUUUCUGUGGAGGAUGGGUUAACCAGCAGCUGUGCAGUGGCUGUCAAAGAUGUUCCAAGUGAUCAUUAUGAAACAAAGGAGCAGGUAAAGGUUUUCGGACCCACGAUGGAUUUGCUUUUAGGGAGAAUAGUGAAAGAUUCCGAUUUUUGCUCCCACCUGUCCUCCGACCCCAGCAAAGCCACCUCGCCGCUCGCUCCUCAGAAACGCCUGCAGCAGCAACUAUAUGGCAACUAUUCCACGUUGCAUUUCAACGGCACGAAUUUAAAAAGGGUCACUUCUGUCAUCGAACAGUCUAUUGGUAGUUUCCUGGGAAGUAGUGGAAACAGCACUUUGUCCACUUUGUCGAACCAGAAUAAUUCCAUUCCGGUUCCGAAAUUUGCUGAUAGCAGCAACGGGGAAGAAUUGGAGUUGAAGUGCUCCUGCAGGUUGAAAGCCAUGAUUAUGUGUAAAGGAUGUGGCGCCUUCUGCCAUGAUGACUGCAUAGGGCCUUCAAAGCUCUGUGUAGCCUGUUUAGUUGUCCGAUAGAGGACUGGCUGACCCAGUGGAUUAUCUCUACUUGCUGCACAAUACAAGAAUAGCUCACUUUUAUGAAGACUUGAUC